AUGAGCCUUCACCGAUGUCAACAAUCAGAAGAUAUUCGGGAGGCAGGAGAUCCUUGGAACUUGCCUGUGACAUCAUCUGCCAUUGUCACAUACUGGGUGGAAGAGCACCUGCCCAACAGAAGCCACCUGGAAAACCAGAACGUGACCUUAGGUGGAAAUAUGAUCAUUACAGAUGGCCAGAGUGCAGAUGAGGUCACCCUGGGUUGGGGUGGGCCCAAAUUCUACAAAUGCUUUUGUCAUACGAAGGCACAAACUAGGUAUGGUGGACACACUUGCAGUCCAGCAAUCUGGGAGGCUGAGCUUUCUCCCUUAGUGUGUAGUUUAGAAAAUGAAGCCUGCCUUCGUCAAAGGAGCACCAGUGUGCGCAAGGAUGGAGACGUGGUAAUUGGGUGUUUUUUGUCUCUUUUUUACUAUAUCUACUCUACGGGUAUCUUUGAUAUAAAGCCUACUAGAGAAUUCUAUUACUUUCCGCUUACGCCCAGCAACUACCAGAACUACCUGGCCUUCACUUUUGCCAUAGAAGAGAUCAAUGUUAAUCCUCAUAUUUUACCCAACAUUUCUCUAGGAUAUGAGUUUCAUAAUUUCAUUAGCAGUCAUUGGGUGAUGCUAGAAAAUUCCUUCAUUUUGCUCAAGGGACAACACAAGAUCCCUAAUUACACAUGCAGGAAGGAAAGCAAGUGUGCAGCAGUACUGACAGAAAUGUCAUGGGGCACCUCGGCUCAGAUCGGACCACUGCUGGAACUCUACAGAUUUCCCCAGGUUACCUUUGGCUCAUUUGAUCCUACACUGACUGACAGUGGCCAGUAUCCUUCUCUCUAUCAGGUGGCCCCAAAGGACACAUAUUUGGCCCUUGGCAUGGUGUCCUUGAUGCUUCAUUUCCACUGGACCUGGGUGGGCCUGCUCAUCACAGAAGGCCAGAAGGGUCUUCAGUUUCUCUCAGAUAUAAGAGCUGAGAUGGACAGGAACCGAGUCUGUGCAGCCUUUGUGAAAAUGGUCUCAAGUGUGGCUGUGUCUUAUCUCUCAUUUUCAAAGAAACAUGAAAUCCUUAGCACGGAAACAUCACCAGUCAAUGUGGUGGUUACUUACUAUGAUACUGACAGUACAUAUGCUGUAAACUACAACCUAGUGCAGCACUCAGUGUCAUGGAAAGUCUGGGUGACAAACUCACGGUGGCAUGCUGACCUGUCCGGGAGAGAUUUCAUACUUGACCCCUUCCAUGGGACUCUUGUUUUCUCACACCAGCACGAAGAGAUUUCAGGUUUCAAAAACUUUGUUCAGGAAGCUACCCCUUUCAAAUACCCAGAGGACACUUAUCUUUUUAUGUAUUUGUCCAAGAAUUUCCAUUGCUCAUUCUCUGAGUCCGACUGUGCCUUGAAGAACUGCACACCUAAUGCCUCUCUGGCUUGGUUGCCUCCCAAUCAUUUUGACACAGCCAUGAGUGAUGGGAGCUACAAUAUAUACAAUGCUGUGUACCUGGUGGCCCAUGCCCUCCACGCGAUGCAUUUGGAAGAAGUACAAAGACCACCAACGAGAUGUAAACAAGUGAUGACGUUUCCUCCCUGGCAGCUGCAUCGUUUUCUGAAGAACAUCCAAUUUCACAAUCCUGCUGGAGACCAAGUGAAUUUGGAUGACAGAAGGAAGCUGGAUUCAGAGUAUGACAUUCUCAAUUUCUGGAAUUUUCCAGAAGGCCUUAGACUGAAAGUAAAAGUAGGAACAUUUUCUUCACAUGCUCCGCAUGGCCAACAAAUGACUUUAUCUGAGGAUCUGAUAGAGUGGGCCACAGGAACUGCGGAGACUCCCCACUCGGUAUGCAGUGAGAGUUGUAAUCCUGGAUUUAGAAAAAGCCCUCAGGAGGGAAAGGCUGCCUGCUGCUUUGAUUGCACCCCUUGUGCAGACAAUGAGAUCACCAAUGACACAGAUAUGGAGCAGUGUGUGAAGUAUCCAGAUCAUCAAUAUGCCAACACUCAGAGAAACCACUGCCUGCAAAAAGCUGUGACUUUUCUGGCUUAUGGAGAUCCCUUGGGGAAGGCUCUGGCUGGCACAGCCCUGAGUCUCACUGUCCUCGCAGCUGCUGUCCUUGGGCUCUUUGUGAAGCACCGACACACUCCCAUCGUCAAGGCCAACAACCGGGCUCUCAGCUACACCCUGCUCAUCUCCCUCACCUGCUGCUUCCUCUGCUCCUUGCUCUUCAUUGGCCGGCCCAGCACCGCCACCUGUAUCCUGCAGCAGACCUCAUUUGCAGUCGUGUUCACUGUGGCUGUUUCCACUGUCUUGGCCAAAACCAUUACUGUGGUGCUGGCCUUUAAGGUCACUGCUCCAGGCAGAAGGAUGAGGCAGUUGCUGGUAUCAGGGGCUCCUAACUCCAUCAUCCCCAUCUGCUCCCUCAUCCAACUCACUCUCUGUGGAGUCUGGAUGGGGACAAAUCCACCCUACAUUGACACAGACGCUCACUCUGAACAUGGCCACAUCAUCAUCGUGUGCAACAAGGGCUCCCUCACUGCCUUCUACUGUGUGCUGGGAUACCUGGGCUCCCUGGCCCUGGCGAGCUUCACCGUGGCUUUCCUGGCCAGGAACCUGCCCGCCACGUUCAAUGAAGCCAAGUUCCUGACGUUCAGCAUGCUGGUGUUCUGCAGUGUGUGGGUCACCUUCCUCCCCGUGUAUCACAGCACCAAGGGGAAGGUCAUGGUGGCCAUGGAGGUCUUCUCCAUCUUGGCCUCCAGUGCGGGGCUGCUGGGCUGCAUCUUUGCCCCCAAGUGCUACAUUAUUUUGCUAAAGCCUGAGAGAAACUCUCUUACAGGGAUCAGGGCCAAAACACAUUCUGUCAGAAAGGAGCCUUCUUAUCAUUAAACAUGUUUUCUAAUAUACACAGAGGGCCUGAAUUCAAAGCUGAACCAUAUGAGAAAUCAAAUACUAUAGUCUACUACAGGACUUAUAUCCUUACUAAGUGAUGUAACUUCUUUUUCUAAUAGCAUAGUGUUUACUAGAAACUGUAGUCCUCAUCUUUUUAGGUUAAUUUUAUUCUGGAUAUUUCAUUGCC